AUGACUCAAGUCGAAUACAACACAAAUGGCGCCCCAUCACCACCGCUGAAGCUAGCCCUACCAGCCUCAGACUCCAAAACCACAAUGGACGAAUCAACCGCAGCAACAGCAGUCUUUAAAAUCUCCCCCGAGGAAGCCCUGCAACAACUCUGCGCCAACGUCGAAACACUAAACGCCUACUUCGCCUCAAGCACAGGCGCAUCAACCACAGAUCCAAAUUCCUUCUGCUCAACCCCGAUCGGCAGCGAAACAGCCGCAGAAGAAGGCCUCGCCGUAAAAAGCGUCGGUCUACACUGCGGUCCUUCCUCGACAGACCAGGACCAAGAACGGCAGCGCACAAAGGAAGAAUCAUUCCAAAUGGCCAUCCUGUCGCGCAAAUUCCUCUCCAAGAAGAUCCCGCCCAUUUCGCUGCAGAACUAUUUACUCCGCCUACACCGCUACUGCCCGAUGUCGACGGCUGUGUUCCUCGCUGCGAGCGUCUACAUCACGCGCAUGACGCUGGUGGAGAAGAUGUUCCGCGUCACACCGAAGAACAUGCACCGGCUGGUCUUGGCGGGUCUGCUCGUUGCGAUUAAAGCGCUGGAAGACAUGGGGUUCCCGCAUACGCGGAUUGCGAAGGUUGGCGGUGUUAGUGAGGUGGAGUUGUCGAAGUUGGAGGUUAGUUUUUGUUUCUUGGCGGAUUUUGAUCUUAGGGUUGAUGCGCGGAUGUUGAUGGGUGAAAUGCGUGAGGAGGAAGUGUCGGAUUCACUUUCUCCUGGUCCUGAGUAG